CGCACAACCCCUUCAAACCAUAUCUAACCUCAACAAAACCAAGCCUACACCUAACGUUCUUUCCCAACUCUCUAUUUUAUGUGCGUGUUGUUCAACUAGUCUCUUGUACUUCAAACUAUGUCUCCCCUGAUCAGCAACGAUCUAGAGCGGAUUUUCGAGAAGCUUGACAAGAACCGAGACGGGCAAGUGAGUCUCGAGGAGCUCAACUGGCUCCUCGAGAGAAUCGGAGUCGAGUUCAGCCUGCAUGAGCUCGAGUCUCUUGUUGGCAAACCGGGGCUCGACUUCAAUGAGUUCUUGUUCUUCUACAAGUCCAUAUCUGCGCCGGAUAGUAAUGACGGCGACGAUGGUAGUGGUAGUGGCAGUAGUGAUCAUGAAGACGAGAGUGAUCUUGUGAAGGCGUUCAAUGUGUUCGAUGUAAACGGCGACGGUUACAUUUCUUGUGAGGAGCUGGACAGCGUUUUGAGGAGAUUAGGAGUAAUGGAAGAGAAUAGUAGCCGUGACUGCAGAAGUAUGAUUCACGUGUACGACACCAAUUUGGACGGGAUGCUUGAUUUCCAGGAAUUCAAACACAUGAUGUUGCAGAAUACCAUUUCUUAA